AUGCCGUCAAUCCUCACCGACGCCGACAAGGAGACCGUCAAGCGGAAUGUCCCCAAACCCGCCAACAAGAUCUUCGCCGUAGCGGUCGCACGACUCUAUGUGGCCUAUCCAGAUCCCCAGAGGUGGGUCUACACCGGCCUGCAAGGGGCGGUGGUCCUGGCGAACGACUUGGUCGGCCGCACCCUCUGGUUGAAACUGGUGGAUGUCUCGCCCGCCCAAAGAGGUGUGAUCUGGGACCAGGAGAUCUAUGACAAUUUCUCCUACAACCAGGACCGCACCUUCUUCCACACCUUCGAGCUGGAGGAGUGUCCCGCCGGUCUGUCCUUUGCCGACGAGAAAGAGGCCAAGACCUUCAUCAAGAAGGUACACGAGCGAGAGAAGCAUGUCAGCAAAGAGACGCGCCAGACCCCCUUCGCUUCCAUGCGCGGCCAGGGUCCCGCCCCCAUCCACAACGAGAAGCAUGGCAUGGGCCGCUCCAUAUUCGCCGCGCAACCAGCCCCAGUGGAUCUGCCCCCGACCCCCUCCAUCCACGUCGCUCCGCCCCCGCUGCCGACGAGCCCGCCCCGCAAGGACCUGCCGUUCGACACCAGCGAUCCGUCCUGGAAGGGCCUCUUGGACGAGCUCCUGCAGAUGGGCAUCACCGAGGACCAGAUCGCGGACAACUCCGAUUUUAUCAAGGCCUAUAUCGAUCAGAAGCAGAGCAGUGCGGACAACGCGACCCCGUCGGCGGAGGAUCGAAGAGGAAAGGCCCCUCCGCCGCCGCCCCCGUCGGCUCCUCCGGGGCCCAAGCUGAAUGCCAUCAGUCCGCAGAGCACUGGGGCGAGCUCCGGCAGUCGACGGGGAGCGCCUCCACCGCCCCCGCCGUCGCGCAAGCCGCGUCCCGAUGAGGAAUCUCCCCCAGCGACCCGCGAGCCGUCUCCGCCCCCGCGACCCCGGUUCCGGCCCACUCCGGUGCCGCGGGCCGCCGCCGCCGCCGCGACCCCCAAGACCCCUGACGAUGGCGCCCAGCCGCGCUUUGGCGUGCCCCCGCCCUUCCAAGGCGACCGGAAGGUCUCCGCGCCCCCUGCCCCGCCCAGUCGUAGCUCGGGGCCGCCGCCGCCACCACCGCGCUCUGCGAGCCCGGCGGCUCCCCCGCAGCUGCCCCCGAAGGUGCCCAAUGCUCCGGCGUCGGCUGCGCCCGCACCUCCGCCCCCGCCUCGCAGUCCGGCCUCGCAGCCGCCCCCGCUGCCAGCCGCCAGUUCGCGACCGGUUCCGCCCCGCCGUCGCCCGGGGCUCCUCCUCCACCAUCCCCGCCGCCUCCACCACCCACGUCUCACGUCCCUCCGCCCCCUCGACCCCGCCGGUUCCCGCUCCCGCCCCGGCCAGCACGGGUCCCCCUCCACCGCCGCCGCCUCCGCCCCCUGGAGCCGGUGCUCCCCCUCCCCCGACUGGCGGCGCCCCUCCGCCACCCCCACCACCUCCACCACCAUCCUCCCACGUUCCGCCGCCCCGCCUCCACCGCCUCCAGCCAGCACCGGACCACCGGCUCCCCCACCUCCCCCUCCGGCUCCCGGGCGAGGCGGCCCCCCACCACCGCCUCCUCCUCCCGGCGGGGCCCCUGCCCCUCCCCCACCUCCACCCGCUGGUGGCGCUGCGCCACCACUGCCCAAGCCUGCCGGUGACCGCGAUGACCUGCUAGCCGCCAUCCGCGGAUCGGGCGGGUCCCGCGGCGGCGGACUGCGCAAGGUCAAGGACACCGAGAAGAAAGACCGCAGCGGGGCCCACGUUCCGGGGGGUACCAAUGAGUCCCCCGCCCCGUCGGGCGGCGGCGGCGGUGGUGGUGCUCCGCAGGGAGGAUUGGCGGGUGCGUUACAGAUGGCUUUGAAGGAGAGACAGAAGAAGGUCCGGGGUAGUGAUGAUGAGAAGGAUGACGACGAUGAUUGGAAUUAG